AUGACAAUCAAUACUAAUAUUAGUUCUGAUAAAAGCGAAGCUCAAUUAUAUGGAGUGCUUUUAUAUAAGAAGAAAGAUAUAAUAGCUAUUCAGAAAAAGCUCGGUAUGCUUCCAGACCGGAGGAAGGGACCUAUUGAGAAUAUAUAUCAAACAGCAUUAAAUCAAAGCAAUAAAGGAAAAACACUUGAAGAUUCGUUUGGGCUGUUAUUUGAUUUGGUGGGGGAAUUAAUAGAUAUACAGGGAGAUCUCGAUGUGGUCGGCCACCCCAUUCUUACUACAUUAUAUAAAAAUAUACAAGAUUUUGAUGAUGUAACAUUUGGGAAAAUGUCACUUGGGACAUUAUAUCAUUUGCUUUUAUAUUUGGAAGAGGAUAUAAGCGUGAUUCAAGAUCAUCUUGGCAUUGUCGAUCAUUCUGUUCAGGAAAUAAGUGGAUUAGAAGAAGCCAAUAAAAAUGCAAGAGCAUAUCUUUAG